UGGCGUCUGGGUUGGAGACGCCAAGACGUCGGAUGUAGUUCUGUGCAGUGUGAACCCCGGUUGAUCCUCACCUAUCGAUUCUGUCGUAGUGACGGUGCACUGUAUAUCUUUUUUCAUUGAAAAUUUCUCAGAUAUUUUCCUCCGAAACAGGGAACAUUUAAAAGGAAGGUAAAACACAAGUAAAAAAACAUGACACCAGAAGGAUACACGCGCGUUUAUGUCGGCGGCUUAAAUGAGAGCAUAAAAAAAGAAGACCUCCAGGCAGAGUUUGAAAAGUAUGGCAAGCUGAAUAAAGUAUGGGUUGCCUUCAACCCACCGGGGUUUGCCUUCAUCGAAUUCCUAAACAUGAACGAAGCGGAACUUGCAUGUAGCAGUAUGAAUGGCACAGAGAUCAUGGGUGCCAAGUUGAGAGUUGAAAUUUCACGAGCUAGAGGUCGUGGUGGAGGCAGGGGUGGUAUGGGAGGAUUUAGAGGAAAUCGAGGUGCCGCUAGUAGGGGCUAUGGGUCUGCUGUCUCCACUGCUCUCGGUUACAGAGGCAAUAAUACGUAUGCAGAUUAUGGAAGUUACUAUGCAGGCAAGGGUGGUGGAAGUAGAGGUAGAGACUACUACGGCGAAGAUUAUAUGGCCAAUCGUGCCAGUGGGUAUGUUACCCGAGAUGGAUAUGCACAAGAUGUCUAUAAUAGCGGGGAUACCAAUCCUGAUUAUUAUACCAACAAAGGCACAGGCACAUCGAGGUAUCGAAGUCGUUCUCCGGCUGGUCGUGGCAGUCAUCGUCAUCGUCAUCUUCAUGAAUGCACAUAAAAGAUCUACACUGCAUUGCCAAUCUGAACUGCGGGCCAAUCAGCUACCCGCCCUGAUGACUACAUUUCUAUCCAAUCUACGCAGCGACCUGUAUAUAGACAAGAACUACCAUUGCAGAAUUAAGUUGUGCAAUACCAUUUAUAUAGUAUAAUUUUAGUUCCACAGUUUGUAAUCAUUUUCAGAAACAUUACUCAUUAAUCAUAGAGACGUGUUAUUACAAACUUUAUAUACAAUGAAUGAAAGAAAGAUGAAACAAAUUAUCAAAAGGAUUUGAAUCAGCAAGCCAUAUAUGAUCUUAGUCUCAAGUGACUUUAUAGUUUUGCAUUCUUUAAAUUGGA